AUGAUCUUAGUAUUGAAUGUUUAUACAACAUUGGUAAUGGAGAGUGCAGAAAUGAUGGAAAUGAGAACGAGAAAAUUAAAUAAAUUAUAGAUAAAAGAAAAAAAAUAGAAUACUAAAAGUUUUAAAGGUUGUACAGUGGUCUUUACAUGAAAUCAUACAAUACAAAGAAGAACUGAAAAAAAGGCAAGAACAACAACAGGCUAAUAAUACAUAGACAUUUAAAAAGAAAGAUAGCAUGAUAUAAUAGAUUCGUACGUCAAUUCGGCUAUAUACAAUUAACAUAAAUUACAUAUAAUGCAGUUUUAAAUAAUGUUAAAUGUCUUUUAUAAUGUAAAUUUUAACUAAUAAAAAGACUCAUCAAUGACGUGACGUUAUGACGUUACCUGUGAGAGAAACAUUAGCUUACAUGAGUUCAGUUUUUACACUGCGAAUAGACAAUAAAACGUUAUAUAGUAGUACAAAUAUGCUGUGCAUUAACGCAAAAGUUAGGCCUAAUUAAAUUCGGUGUAAAAAAAAAAAAAAAAAAAAAAGCCCGCAGAUCUGAGCGGAUCUGUGUACAAGACGUGCUGUUAUGACAACGGACGCCGUUGCUACGGCAGCACCUGUAAAGGUCUUUUCUUCACGGUCGAGUUGUCUGUUUGUUUAGGAUGAUAUUAAGGAACCCGUUGGAUCCAAAGUUACUUAUUAUUUUCUAUACUUUCCCAUUUGUUUAGUCAGAAUAAGCAGUAUGAUGUCUGUGGAUGUGCUCAUAGCGUGUGCUGUGCUGCAGGACCACGCUGAUCAGCUGUCAGUGUUAGGAAACAUCAUACGCCCGGAGACGGAGACUCAGCAAAGGACCGAACUGCAUCUGAAAACAGCUCAACUGAUGGCUAGGAGCAGUUUGUCUGAUUUCACAGGAGAAUUACACAAAUCCCAAAAGCAAAUAAGUAUUCAAGAGAGUCUACUUACUCCUGACAACCUAGCCAAAGUGCAGAGAGAUAGGCAGUUUUUGUCAGACGUGAUAAAUGGGCUAAUGGUCGAGCUCCAGAAGGAAAACACUUUUCAAAGUCUCUUUUCAGCAGUAGGAGAGGACCGGAAGAAGAAAGUCCAACUUCUGGACAUAAUAAACAGGGAGGAAGAAGGUUGUCUCAGGAUUAAAGCACUGCAAAAACAAUUACUUGACAUUCGCAAGCAAAAAACAGAGGAGUGUGAGAGGCUUGAGGAGUUGGCGGCCUACCUUAGGGAGCAGGUACAGAACAUGAGGGUGAGGACAAACCGACAAGAGAAAUUUGUGAAGAGCUGUGCCGAACAGCUAGUCUGCCAAGGACUGAAACUCAGCAGUCACAAAGAGAAUGAACUGGAAGAUGAAGUUGGGAUGCUGCAAGAGAGAAUUGAGGAGGAAAAGAAUGUUCACAUGGAGACAGAGAUCUUCCUAAAAAGACAACAUGCAAACUUACGUGAAAAGCUCCAGUUUUGGAUCCAGCGGUAUGAGAAAGACAUGGAGGAGAAGGAGCAAGAGAUCACUGCUCUAAAGAAUAAGAGAAACAACAGCCAUGCACGAAUUCAAGAGCUGUCCAAAAAGUGCAGAGACAUGCAAGAGGUUAUCAUUGAGGACAGGAUGGAGAAGGAACAUUUGCGUGCACAGCUGGAGAAAGAACAGAGGGAGAGAGGUGCAGCAACUAAGAUACAGGCCUGGUGGCGGGGGACUCUCGUACGCAGAGGACUGCAUUCUCCUAAGAAAGCAGACAAAUCCAAGUCUAAAGAUGGCAAAAAAGGCAAAAAGAAGAAGAAAUGAUGACUGUCACAAUAGACUUCUUUAGUGACUGCAAAAAAACAAAAAACAAAAAAAAAUAUAUAUAUAUAUAUAUAAAAUAAAAUAAAAUAAAAUAAUAAAAGGGAAGCAAGUCAUUGCCAGAGCAUCAGCAGAGUGACAGUUUUAUGACAGGACUGACAAGGAUUUACUCAAGUAGUACUUAAUAUUUUAAAGGAUAGAAAUGACUACAUCUUUUGUAAUUUUAUGUUGGGAAAUACUAACCAGAUUAUAGAUGAAAACUAACACUAAAAGGUCACACAUGUUAGUUCAACCACUAAGAGAGAUAUGGGUUUAGAUUAAAAAAAAAAAAAACUUUAUUAAAAAGACAAACACAAUGAAAAUAAAACUGAUGAAAUGAUCUGGAACUGGUAAAAUUGUGUGAGAUGGCCUUCUUUCUAGAAAAGAAAAAGAGGAUCAAAUCAGGAUUACCAUGAUAAUGGCAGAUUAGUUAAGGACACAAAGCAUGCAGAAUGAUGUCCAUGAUAGUACUUCAAGGCCAGCCUUAUUAUGAGCUUGGCCCACCCUAGCAAACAAACCCUGCCUCACAUCACCCUAACAGUGCUAUGGCCAACCUUUUGUUUUUAGGUAGCAUACAGUAUGCUUAGUUAUAUCACCUACUGUUACAUCUCAUGGUCACAUCACAUGGUCUAAGUAAAAUACUCUUAAAAGUAUUGUAAAUAUUGCGCAUGCAGACUGACCUGAUAUUUAGUGUUUGGGGGAUUGCUGUCUGAAUGGUGACAUCUGGUGGUCAGAAUAUGUCAUGCGUCAACAACAUUUGGCUCUGGUGCUUUUUAGGCAGCCGCCACAAUCAAAUACAGCAAGAUAUUUGCGGAAAACUUGAAAAAAGAAAAGUAUAGACUAUUGAGUUUUCAUAUUUUAUCAACAUCAUUAUUAUUAUUAUUAUCAACCUUUUUAUAAAUAUAAAAAUACUUGAGAUUUGGACAUUAUACUUAAGUAUUUAUAUUUAGACAGGCAUAUGACAGAAAACAUUAGGCUAACCCUCUUCAUGAAUUAGAGAUAGAGCACUAAACUCACAGUUUAUAAACACUUCAGUUUGGUCAUGGUUUAUGAUUUAUUUCAUUAUAUUGAAUGUUUGGAUCAAAAAAACAACACAAGGAUUCUUCAAAUCUGUUAAAACUCAUUUAAUAAUAGAAGUUCCCCUUCGAGUCGGUCUCUUAACACUGCGUCAUCGAUAUAUGUUGCUUUGGGGUUAUCCCCUCCUUCCUUGAAUCUACUGAAGCCUUAUGAAAUCUCGCAUGCAAGAAUUUGCCCAGAUUUCUUGCCUGCUGGACUUUAUGGACUCUGGUGAUGAGCUCGUGCCAAAUAAGCGUCAGCAUUCCUCUCACUCAACCCUUCAGGACAUCAGCCCGGCUCCUCAUGCUCUCCUCCGUUCAUCGCUUUCUAUGAUAAGCACUGGCUGUGCUGCUGCUUUUAUGAGGAAGUGCAUGGCUUACGCUACUGCUAAUUACGUUGGUGAUUAGCAGAUUAACUACUCUUUGCCUUCUAAUUUAAACACCAGCUGGCCGUUGUUUUUCAUGAAGAGGUGUAGUGCCACUUACACUAGUCACUGUACACUCUGGCGCUGACUCCCGCCAUAGCCCUCAAAUAUGAUGAUGCACUGGCCAUACCACUGUUCAAUGCUAUGUCUCUCUGCACUCGCUCUGCAGAGAGUGCAUUAUCAGAACGCUCCCCUGGACUGCUUGCGCUGAAACAGAUCCUCUUGUAGGGUGGCUGGAGGACUGUUAUUUCAGUGCAUCUGUAGAAUGCCUGCCUCUAUGUUCAGAGCAUCAUGAGUGUUUCUGAGGUUGCUUCAUAGAGUCGUCUGCCCGAAAGAGAUUCGUCUCCACUACAUGAGGAGUCUGGCAUCAUCUUGGACUUGAACUAAGGCAUGUCUAUAGGAUAUUUGGCAGGUUGGUCCUUGCAAAAUGCUUUUGCCAGGUUUUACAGUGGGUACGGAAAGUAUUCAGACCCCCUUAAAUUUUGUACUCUUUGUUAUAUUGCAGCCAUUUGCUAAAAUCAUUUAAGUUCAUUUUUUUCCUCAUUAAUGUACACACAGCACCCCAUAUUGACAGAAAAACACAGAAUUGUUGACAUUUUUGCAGAUUUAUUAAAAAAGAAAAACUGAAAUAUCACAUGGUCCUAAGUAUUCAGACCCUUUGCUCAGUAUUUAGUAGAAGCACCCUUUUGAUCUAAUACAGCCAUGAGUCUUUUUGGGAAAGAUGCAACAAGUUUUUCACACCUGGAUUUGGGGAUCCUCUGCCAUUCCUCCUUGCAGAUCCUCUCCAGUUCUGUCAGGUUGGAUGGUAAACGUUGGUGGACAGCCAUUUUUAGGUCUCUCCAGAGAUGCUUAAUUGGGUUUAAGUCAGGGCUCUGGCUGGGCCAUUCAAGAACAGUCACGGAGUUGUUGUGAAGCCACUCCUUCGUUAUUUUAGCUGUGUGCUUAGGGUCAUUGUCUUGUUGGAAGGUAAACCUUCGGCCCAGCCUGAGGUCCUGAGCACUCUGGAGAAGGUUUUCAUCCAGGAUAUCCCUGUACU